CCCCCUUUUUAGUUUGUACCUCUUUUUUUUUUUACCUCUUCCCUUUAUUCCUCCUUCCCCCCCUUUAACCCUCCCCCUCCUUAUUGGGCUGCAGUGUGGCCAUGGGGCUCCCACUGCUUCCUGAGCUGCUCAGGAUUGGGAACUGUAAAUAACCAUCACAGAGCACAAAAUCCCCACCCUAAGUGUGCAUGGGAUGAACUCUUUUGCAUCUACUGCUAAUUUUGAUAAUGUGCAGAAAUAUUUUCUCUGCAUAUCUUCAAGAUUUGGAUCUCUGCUCCCCCCUACCUAGAGUGCCCUUUGUUAUUUCUGGAAUUUGGGACUUUUUGGCAUGAUGUGGUUCUGUCUUUGAGGUGCCAGCCUUGCUGCUGGCCGGAUGAUUUGUGUCAUUUUUCACAGUUUUAUGCAUUUGUGCUUUGGCAUUACCUCAGCCGUUGGGUCACCUGCAGGACAUUGCUCAUCCUUAGAGCGGUGGGGUUGCUCUUUUCGUGCCCUAAUAGCAGGGAAAUGGGUGAUAAAUCGUUCCGUUUUCUGUCUUUUAAUGUCUGUGGUAGAACACUUGUUUCAUUGGCGGGAAAGAGGAAGUGUCUGAUGAUGACGACAGCUUUGGAAGGUUCAGGAUCACGUUGAUUUUCGUUAGAGUUUAGGUCUUUUCCAUCAUGGCUGGGGAUCACAUUGACUUUCUUCAGGAUUUUGGUCUUGUCCAGGAUGGCUAAGGAUCAUGUUGACUCUCUUUGGGAUUUGUUCUUGUCCAUCAUGGCAAAGGAUCACGUUGACUUUCUUGGGUGUUUUGAUCUCAUCCAUCAUGGCUGAGGAUCACGUUGACUUUCUUUGAGGUUUUGGUCUCAUUUGUCAUGGCAGGAGAUCACAUUGACUUUCUUUGGGGUUUUGGUCUUAUUUGUCAUGGACAAGGAUCGCAUUGACUUUCUUUGGGAUUUUGGCCUCGUUCAUUAUGGCCAAGUGCUAUGAUGCAGAAUUAAGUCAUUUCAUACAUCAUUUUCUCCGUGUGUUCACUCUUUGAUGGAGCUUUGCAUCACGCUUUCAGGGCUCUCACAUUGUUUAGCUGCAGGCUUUGCGAUGAGUGGGCUCUCACCACCAUAAAUCCAGCGACGUGUGCGGCAUCAGGAAGAUGCAUAGCGUAAACCUCCUUGUAGGGGAUGAUGAGCAAAGGCUGCUUUAUGACUCCUGCCACACAGUGCUUUUAGGCUUGGUAGCAAUUAGGCUUUAAUUAUUGGCUUUAUUGAGCCACGUGACUGGUCACCUGCACAGAUGUCAGCUUUUAAUUUUAGGUGUUUUGGCAUGAGGGCUACCUGAAGUGUUGGAAUUAGUAGUUUUUUUUUUUCCCACCACUUACAAACCUGAAUCAUCUUUGUUAGAUUUAUCGCAACCCGCUCCGCUUCUGGCAGGCUCAAACCUGGAGGCUUUCAGCUUUGUAAAUGAAAAUGAAGCACGAACGGCCACAGGGUCUCGGGUUGGGAGCCCUGGGAGAUUCCAUGCAGCCUCCCUGGAGGCUUUGGGUCCUUUUUCAUAUUUCUAUAAUUUUUUUUUUUUUUCUGUAGCCUUUUAUGAUCUGGAAAGCAGCCCAGAAAAUAACUUCUAGGAAGGAAGCUGGGUGCAGUGCCUCUGUAGGAUGUCCUUGCAUCCCUUGUACCAUGAAAAUUUAAUAGAUGUUCAUGCAUAAUGCCGUGUGCUGUCAAUAGAACUUAGCUCCUGUUGAUUUUCAGUGCAAGCACUGCUGUAAAAUUCAACUUUGGACUUGUGCUGCUGUUCCUGAAGGAAGUCCAGGGGAAGAAUCUAUCGUUAACUUUAUUUUUGUACCAGUGAUUACCCGGUCAUCGAGUUCUUUAAUAAAAUAAUUUUGUAAUACGCUCCUUGUUCUUUUUAAACAACUUCUGGCGUGUGGUGGGGAUCUCGCCUGCUUUGCUCUGCGAGUUGUGACUGUAGUAGAAAAAAAUGGAAAAUGCACUUGGAGCAGGCGCUUGUGACUCACCCGGCUCUCCUCUAACGAACUUCAUUAGCUGUUUGGUAAAUAGCCUCUUGCUAAGGACACUUGUCUAAAAUUAGGAGCAGCUACAGCCAGCUGAUGAUAAAAGUCCCCUCUUUGGGAUUUCAGCUGCUGCACCAGAGGUCCGCGACCCAUCGAGGACCCCUGGGUGAUGGGGCUGGGUGGCACGUGAGCAGCAUCCUGGGGCACGUCUUCCCUGUGUUUAGAGGUAAUCUGCUCCCUCGUGGUUUGAAACUACUCAUAACGCGUCCAGUUUGGUGGUUGCUCACGUGCCCACUGUUGAAGACAGGUCUGUUGGCCUCUGCCAGCCCAACCCUUUCUCCUGGGCUCCCCCGGCACUUCUCAGCCAUCUGGCAGAGUCUGGUUGGGUUUUUGGUUGUGGAUGAGUCACCUGUUGUGUUCCAAGGAGUCUGUGCUAUUGAUGGAUAAGGCAUUGAGGAGCUGGCGGCUGUAUCUAGUGGAGAACAACAGGCAUCCAUCCUGCUUACGUGCUGACAUCAAUGAAAUGCCAUUGGUUUUCAUCCAGUACAAUGUACAUGUUCAGAGACUCACGCAGUGCUUUGUGUUACAGGUGUGUUCCAUCUGGUCCUUGUCCCCGUAGAAUUGAGGAGCCCAACAUUAUUUUUUGUUGCUGUUAUUUUUCAUCUUUUUGUCCUGCUUUGUGGGUAAUGGGGGCAUAUUGUUGUGCCAGAGCACGAAAGGGGUGCGAGGAGCACGGCGCGUGGUGGUGCUGGGCUUCCUCACCUGCAUUAUUUUGGCUGGUGUUGAUGGUUUCCUGCCUCCGUGAGGGUCUGUGCAAAGGAGAUGUGUGAUGGCUUUUAACUAAAAGAGGGGAGAUUCAGGUUAGAUGCUGGUAGGGGGUUGGAACUGGGUGGUCUUUAAGGUCCCUCCAACCUACGCCAUACUGCGAUUCUAUGACAAGUAAUGCAAUCAGAAAGAAACCAGUUCCCACCCACUGUUUAUUACAUAACCCUCUAAUUAAAGUCAUCAAACGGGGAUGACUGUGCGGCUUGGGAAACUUCCCCCAUGUCUGGGUCAAAAAUAAUUCCUCCGUGCUUUAUUUACAUUGCGACAUCCUCGAUGUUGUGCCAAUUAAUUCUUAUCCCUGCAAGGUUUUUUUUUUUUUUUGGCUUCAUCUGUUGGGGUCUCCUAUUGGGCAGAAAGAUCCUUUAACUCUUCAGUUUUCCUUGUGAAGGAGAGAGGACUUGAGGUAGUGCUGCUCCCUUUCUCCCUAGGAAGGGUGGGCUGAUGUGAAGCACUUCUCAUAGUUGCUUAGGUCUGCAAGUUGUUUUUUUCUGGCUUAUUAUUUCUGCACCAUUAGUAUUUUUGACUGGAAGGUAAAGCAUUAAGGUGGGUCUGUUGCCCAAGAAGCAAAUGGUGUGUGUUCCUGUGAUGGCUGUAAUGCUUAAACUCUGAUAAUGAGAAGCAUACGUGGAUGGAGGUGGCGGUGAGGAAGUGUCAAAGACCUCUAAAACACAAAAUGCAGCCGCAAAUAAAAUGUUGCAUUCCAUUUUCCAUGCCCAAAGUAAAUGGUUGUGUACUGCAGCAGCUCCUAAAACCUCCCUCAGCCCCCGUGUUUGUUCAGAGCAUGAACAGCCCUGUUUGUAUGCAGGCACGUUAUAACCGUGUAAUAAAUGUUUCAUCUUUUAACAGAUUAAUUAGUUUUGAGUGUUUGGCUUGCAUGGAAAACAGCUGCAUAGUAAGCAGUGCACUUCGAGGAGCUAGGUGGCCAGGUUAACAGGCUCUCCAGCACUUGGUGUUCAGUUUGCAGAGGUGGGAUUUUCCCUUUCCAGGGUUUUGCUCAUCAGCUUCCAGCAUUCCUGCUGCGGAACCACGCUCGUGGCUGCAAGCAGAUGCCAUGAGCUUGGAGCAAAAUGUAUGAGGAGCAGCUGAGGUCCCUUGGUUUGUUCAGCAGAGGGCGGUGGGCACGGCCCUGAGCUGCCAGAGCCCAGGGAACAUUUGGACACCGCUCUCAGACAUAGGGUUUGGUUGGUGCUGUGUGGACUUGAUGGUCUUCAUGGGUCCCUUCCACCUGGGAUGCCCUAUGAUCCAAUGGCUGUCCCCUUCCUCUCCUGGUGAAGGUGGAGCCUCACCUCCAAAACCAAGUAUGGUCACAGAGGUGUAGUUCAGCCUGGGUUUGGGAUAGACCAUGCCAUGAUAGUUUUUGGGCCCCCUUCCAACCCAACCCAUUCUGUGAGCUCCUUGCAGAGCACAUCACCAACAGAACCACCCAGCCUCGUGACCAGGCCUGCCAUCUUAGGUCAGAGCUAUGUAAUUUAGUGCAGAUAAUUUAAUAAGGGCUGUACCCUGUGCCUUUACCACAGAGUAGAUGAUUGAGCUAAGGCAGCACGAGGGCAAGCAACGCAUUUAGCCAAGCACUAAGGGCCAUGGCCAACAGGUUGAUCCCGUGGUGUUGUUUCCAAAUCUCCUGUUGGGUCAUCUCCAAAUGUGCUGUCAAUGCUGUCUCCAAAUCCCAGUGAGCAUCUGCCCACCACUGCUCUCUCACUGGCGUGCUCCUCCCAACACUCCCAUUAUGUUCCCUUGCAGCAGCCCAGUGUAACAGUAAUCCUCUCCCUCUCUAAAAGAGGAUUAAAAAUGGGAACACUCGCACCUUAAUUCAGCCCGCCAGGGCUGUGCUUGGUCUUUUGGGCAGUAAUCCUGUCGGGAAAGGGCCGUCAGCAAACAGCAGAUCCUCCAGUCACACAGCUGAUGGGGUUAGCAAUUCUUCAAAUUAAUUAAAAAGCUGAAUCAGCUAGAGACGCGCAAUUCACUUAGAAUGACUUAAAGGCCACAUAGUUCAGAGUAAAAUAAUUAGAAAUUGGGAUUUCCGUGGUUCUUGAAAUGAAAGUAUGCAAGUGGACAUAAUGUCACCUUUGAGGAUGCUGUUUGUUGGAUGCUUUGCUGUCCAGACUCCACUUACAUGCUUAAUAAACAGGUGUGAAAUCCCGUUGGUUUCUUUUCCAGGCUUUCUGUGUUUUCUGCAGCUCUUUCAGGUGAGAUGCUGAUGAGAAAGGUGUGGUAAAAGAGAUGGGUUUGGUUUUCUAGGAUUUUUUUUUUUUUUUAAGAUUCUUUAUGCUGCGACUGGUGGCAUAGGGAUUAUUUUUCCAGCCUAAUUAAAAGGAUAAUUGCAUUAAGCCACAGGAGGACGCUGUGGGACGACAAGAAGUGGAUUUCAGUCCCUCCUAGAGCUCGAGUUACUGCGUUUCUGCCAGUGCAUGACCACAGCAAAUUCUCUCCAUGAGCGCCAGAACAAUGGGAUUUUUUGCACUUCAUUGUUUUCAAUGAGUUACGGUAAUAAUAAAGGUACAAAUCAGUCUUGCUCCUGAUGGAUGGCAUCGUUUCCUUAUCAAAGCUGCAGUAGUAAUUCCAUCGAGGCACAUCAUUGCACGGGAAUGGCAUCAAAGCCAAUCUAAAGGUGAAUGAGUGAAUUUUUAACCUGGGACAGCUGCCAACAGGUUGGACACAGCACAGAGAGGUCCAGCAGGAGCCCGGAGCCUCCUUUUAGGAAGGGCACAAAGGCCUCUUCUUCGUCUCCCUACGAAAAGCUGGGCCUGGGCGUUGCUUGGCUGUGGCAGAGUGACAAGAGAUGGAGCUGGGACCCAUCCAAAAUGAGUCAAAAACGUGGCUACUGCAGUCUGCUACAAUGGGGGCUGAUCAGCAGCAGUGGUUUAAGGCAUGAUUGCAGUUGUCCUCGUGGAAAUCCCAGUACACAAAGUUAAUUCUCCCACCGUUGGAACCUGCUGAUGAGAUGCUCACGGGAUGAGGAAGCACCUCUGCUUUGAAAAAUGCACGGAGGGCUUUGUGCCUGAACAGCAAAAUGCAGUGGGAGAUGCAGGAUUCCCCUCCAAUAGUACUUUCUUUGAUCACUAAAUGGCGAGUGAUUAAUUUCUCACUGGAUCACUUUGCACUUAGGAAUUAUUCCAGGCUGUCUUUGUAGGGAGUUGGGAAUUCAUCGAAACCUAUAGUGCCAAUAGAAAACACUUUUAAAAUCAAACAACCUGAUGUGGUAAGUACUUAGGCAUAGUACUUAGGCAGGACAAGUGCUUUCUGAUCUCGUUCCAUACAAGGGUUGCAGGCAAGCACCUGAGCAGCGCUGAGCACUGCCACCAUCUCAUCACAGCUCCUGCAAGCAAUCCCCGUGCAAGAUGGGGAAGGAGGAAGGCUGAGCAGCAAACGUCUACGUGCUGAUGGGGAAGCCCAUUUCCUAGCAGAGGUGCUGGUGCACGUGGCUGGAAACCACCACAGCACUGCAAGAGGAGGAGCUGGCCGCACUGUUGCAUGGGGUUUAACACACCCGGAUCAUAGCAGCCCCCGAGAACAAAGGUGCCAGUGUGAUGGUGGUGGUUUCAUGCAAAGCAAAGGGCUUAUUUACAGGGCAGGCUUGAAUCCAUUAAGGGCAUAUUAAACUCCAGAUGCUCGCCGGCUUUACAAAAGGAGUGGAAGAAAGGGAGGAGGUGUUGCACAUUUUUUGGAAAAAAAAAAAAAAAUCAGCACUCUGAGCAUGGAGCAGCGUUUCAUUGCAGUUAAAAGCGUGAUGCUGGAAUAGUGAGACGGAUUUAAUGUGGUUUUCCCUUUUUAAAGCUAGAUUUCAGGCUGAGCUGCGUAGUGCCAGGCGGUGCUGUGCGAUGUGCUGUUGUCCCACGCAGGAUGCUCAAUACGGAGUCUGCAGCACAGGGAUCAAGCAGAAAAUGGAAAAGGGGAAACUGGGAGCGUUUCCAUUCCUUUGGAUCUAAUAAGGAAAUGAGCCAGAGGGAUUAUUCAUGGCUGUGCCAAAUGGGCCCUCUCUCCAAUAAGGCUUCUAAAUUAACUUCAGGUGGGUCCAUCACCACCCAGUGGCCUGACUGAUGUUUUAUGGAAGAAGUAGACCGGGGAGAGCUGCGCCUCUAUGCCUACGUGGGCUGCUGCACCUCAGUCCUCUGCCUUUUACCCUGUAUCAUUUCUCAAUCCUUACUUAUUCCAUAAAGAAAGUGGAGCUGCUGUGUGGUCAGCGCCCAACUGGGACCUCAAACUUUCCGAAACCUUCAGCUAGGAGACACUGCGGUGAUAGCAAAGUGUAUUUGCAAAGAAAAAACAGAAAUUUUUGAUGAAGAAGCGAGCUUUGAAAGGAGAAGCCUCCACCCAAAAUGUCCAAGCAGAAGAAAGGUCUGGUCGCAAAACCUGAAAAUGUUGAAUUUGGAGUUAUAGUCCACUCAGAGUGGAUCUCAGCCCUUUUCCUUUGGCCCAUGCUUUGCAUCCUUAUGGAAAUUAUUUAAACAGCCUAAGACGUUUUUCUAGCUGUUUUUUUUCUCGUGUCGACAUCUUAUCUUUGGCUCGGUUUAAAGCACCCACGAAGCAACACUGUCAUGAGAUGGUGGUAGAGGAGUUCCUCCAGUGGGGUAACCCACAUGGCUUUGUGUUGAUGUGGUUACUUCUACUCACACCGCAGAUUACAGAGUUGACAAGAGCUCCAUUUUCAGCCACAUGGCUUUGAAUCGAAUGUAGGAUUUACAGUUUUUGUGCUCAGUUUCCGUUGAUUUCUGCUGUUUCGGGUGGUCAGGUUUUGCUAUUUUGGGUUGCUUUUCUCCUCCAGCACCUGGUAUUUCUCCAGCUCUGGCAUCAACAGCGCAUCAAGGGAGCCUCCAUUGCGACCACAGAGCAACUGCACUGCGUGGUGAGAUGGCUUUAUCCUCGUUUUUCUGUUUUCAAGCACUUUAAACGAUUUUAAAAAUGCUUUUGGCUGUCAUCCAAAGCUUCAGGACUAAGCCACAGCUACCAGGAAACGUCUCCACAGGCAUCGUCAUGGUAUCAGGGUUUCCUUGCACCUGAAACUGUUCUGGUUUAUAAAGCAGAAGAGGAGUAAACAUUCAUUUUCUGGAAUGAGGAAUGUUCACUUCUGAAAAGAAUCAAGAACGAUUUUUUUUCCUUUCAUGCUCUGUACAAUAAUCCCUUUUCCAGUCCAUCAGAUCCAUGGCGGAGCUGUUUUGGUGGCUCUUUGGACAGUACUUCCUAUGUGCUCACAGCUUCAUUUCUACCAGGAAUCCUGCAGGAAUAAUGUGAAAAGAUGGAUAAUCUGAAUAAUAACCCAAACUUUCAACACACAGCUAUAAGGCUUUUGCCCUUCGGAUGCUGGAGGCAUUUGGGAAUUUUCCAGAAGGAAAAUGUGCAGACAUGAAAGGAGCGCAGAAGUUGGAAAAGUAGAAGAUCGGCGUUGAGUGAAGUCAGCUAGCGGGUUAAACUAGAGUUCAUCCAAGUUACACUGUGGAAAUGAGUUACUGAAGCUUGUGGUGUUGGGAUCUGCACAACUGGGCAGGCUCCUGCAUCCACUGAAGAGCAAGUCCUACUUUGUGGUAGGUGUGUAGUACUUUCUUGCCUUUUUUUCCAGCUUCUAUUUACUUUUAUAUAGGCUGGAAUGAUGAAGGUGAGGGUACAAAGAGGACAGAGCAAUGUUCUGCUUGGUGGUGGAAGCACAAGAAGUGCCCAUAAAAAUGAGAGCAAGUACCCACACACUCCUGUCUGCUCUUUAUGGGCACCCACGCGUUGAUGUUGGUCACCCAGAUGCCUGUUUGCCCACUUAGGAAUGCAUGGCCCAUAGUUUCAGCCUGCUGCUGAUUUUAUUUAUAAAAAUAACAUAAUUUUGAGUGGUAUUGCCCUGGUUCAAGCAUUUUUCCUCCUAAAGAAAGCUGAUGCGGAGGCAUUGUUCAUCUUGCAAUCUCAUUUCCUGGGGAGCUGAGCGGUGGCAACACGUUGUCACAUAUAUUCUGGUCGUAUUUUUUUAUGUGGGUAAACACUUCUUUAUUUCAAUGGAAAGCACUUAAAGUUGUAUGGCACCAUGGGGAAAACAGCAGUGAACCACUUCAGAAAUAGAAAGCCCAGUGGUUCGGGAAAAGCAUGGCUUGCUAUGCUGCUCCAUUAAGGUUUUGUCUGAAAUCUUCCUCGCUCCCCCCAUUUUUCUGUAGUGAUAACAAAGUAAGUUCCUUAGAAGAAGAUUAUGCUGGAUCUGUUUCCAACUAGAGAACUUCAUGUUGCUUCAAUGCACUUUGGCGUCUCAGUCCCUUCCUUACUGGAGGUAUUUGAAUUGUUGCUCUUUUGGGUAAUUCUAACAUCUCAGUGACCUAUAAGCAGGGCUGGGCAACACCUGGUUCCUUUGUGAGUAGGAAGGUGAUUGGAGCUUCAACCGCCGUAGGUUUGUAAUGGUCACACAACUGCAUUUCAGCAGGUCAGAGCUCCCCUAUUGCAUGCCUAGCUAGGAAGCAAUCUAAACUCAUCUAUUUAGAGCCCAAAUUGAGUUUAAUUUCUAUCCAUACAAUUUAAGAUCUCUUAAGGCUUCUCCUAGUGUUUCCCAGACAAGAAACUCACUUUUCUGGGGGGAUAGGAUAUGCCAAAAUAAGAGUCAGCUCCACCAUGAUGUUGGUAGCUCUUAGUGAAGCCAUUCAUUUUGUGAUUCUCGUUAUUAGAAGCGUAGGAGAGAAGCCAGAUUGAGUUUGGCAUGUUUGGUGUUUUGAGAAGUUCAGUACCACUUUUUGGAAAGAUGUAGCUGGAUUUCUUUGUGUUGGGAAAUGAAAAACUGUUCCCAAAUGCCCAGGUUGGAGUUGUCUUAGGAGAACGAAGUCUGCUGCAAAAAGAGCCAUUACUGUGCAGUCCCAUACGUGGAGUGAACCCAUCCUGAUUCCAUACUUGGAGAUAACACAUCCUAUAGUCCAGGACCUGCUGGUUGGAAGCUGUCCAUUGAGCAAGAGGAUGUAACUGCCCACAGUCAUUUCGAGAAUAACGUGAUAUUUUUAAACUUAAUUCCACGAUAGUGGGUUUUUGCUUGGCUCAUCCGAAGUCUCCUUUCAAUAUUUUUGUCAAUGAGCUUCUUCUCAUCUCCAUUCAACCCUGUAUGUGCCUCUGGCAUUUGAGCAGGGAGCUUUCCCUCAGUGCUGUCCAGGGGGUAUUCUCCCUGCAUUUGAGAUGCAGCUUUUGUUUCCCCUUAAGAAAGAAAGAAAUAAAAAUAGGUGUGCUUGAGUCAAAUGUGGAAAAUGAUUUUGGAAGAGGUGGAUGGAUGUUUGGCUGGUGGGACUUGCUAAAAGAAUUGAUUUGCUGGCUGCGGUGUCUUCAAGGUGAAGCUGCCUUUGGAAGGGCCACUUUAUAAAUGCUGGUAGUAUUCAUUACACAGCGUUGCUGGUAAUUCUCCCCACAGCCUUGGACUUGCUUUGCCCUUCUUCCUCUCCCAAAAUCAGCAUAAGACUCAGGUCAUCUCCUUCUGCCUUCCACCAAACCUCCUGUCCUCAUUCUGUGUUCAAGAAACGUUUAGAUAUAGCGUUGAGAGACAUGGUUUAGUGGGGUUAUUGGUGGUAGGUGGAUGGUUGGACUAGGUGAUCUUGUAGGUCUUUUCCAACCUAGCUAAUUCUAUGAUUCUAUGAUUUUGAGGUGCUCUCCUCCAUUAUUUCCAUGGAGCAUCCCGCAUUUGUAAUCAUCCCUUUUGCAAUGUCUCAAGUAGUUGUUCUUGGUUGGUGUGGCCAAGAUGACUUUGGCCAAGAGCUCUUCCUCCUGACAUAGAAUCAUAGAAUCAUGGAUCUCACUGUCCCAUUGUUCUGGUGUGGUUGGUCCUGGUGAUGUCAUUUCUGGGCUCGCCGUCAGCCUGAUGAUUGUUUUAUCAGAGCUGCUGUCAUGCUGAUCACUUGCAAAGCAUGGUGUGUUUCUGGCAGGAUAUAUAUGAUAGAAGUUAUGGAAAGCUUUGGAAGAGCAGAGCUGCGUGUUGGCACGCUGUGGUUGAGUUGAUGGUGCAGUGCACCAUGGCCGGGUCUGUGCUCUGGGCUCUCUGCUCCUGAAAAGCAGAACAGAUUUCCAUGGAGAGGGUGUGAUAAAGAGCUUUUAAUCUUGUAGACUUUUGACCCCCCAUUAUUAUGGCCUCAAGGUCCCUUUGGCAUGUGAUGUAAUAAUGUGUGACGUGCUGGUGCUUUCCCACCAAUGUACAGUAGAUAGCCACUGAAAAUACCUGUCCAUCUCCUGUCUUGUUCCUUCUGCUCAGAUUUAUGUUCAUGCUGCAUGGUCUGGUGCCCUACUGACUGUGUGAGCUGCUGCUCUGCUCAGUGGUUUACCACUUAGCUACAUUAAAUAAGUAUGCUUUACAUGAUGCUUAUGCUUAAGUUGUAAUGAUUUUUCCUGCUUCCGGACUCUGGGCAAAUAAUGCAGCAAAAGUCGUCUCCAGAACACAACUUGCUGCCAAGUAAACCUCUGUCCUGUCAUUGUAAUUCACGUCCUGGGCUGUUGAGGUUGGGUUGUGUAUUGCUCUUGAGCAUCUUCCCUUGGUGUCAAAGUGGCAGAAACAAGCUCCAGCUGUGCUCAGCCACGCAGAGCACUCAGCUCAGGAAUGCCAGGUGUGUGAAGACCUUUCCUCUAGCAAUGGUGCCUGCUUCUGGUGCUGUGCUGUGUAGUUGGGCAUUAGGAUUUUUCAGAAUUUCUUCUGCCUCCUGGACCAGUAAUAUCCCUCCUGUGGAAGGCCACUAGGGGAGUACCUAUUGAUGGAAGAACACGGCGUGACCCAAACAGAACACAUGGCCACCAUCGAGGCCCACGCAGUGGCCCAGCAGGUGCAGCAGGUCCACGUGGCCACCUACACGGAGCACAGCAUGCUGAGCGCCGACGAGGACUCGCCUUCCUCACCCGAGGACACAUCCUAUGACGACUCCGACAUCCUCAACUCCACGGCUGCCGACGAGGUGACGGCCCACCUGGCUGCAGCAGGCCCUGUGGGGAUGGCAGCAGCAGCUGCUGUGGCAACGGGUAAGAAACGGAAGCGACCACACGUUUUUGAAUCCAACCCAUCCAUCCGUAAGAGGCAGCAGACGCGUUUACUACGGAAGCUCCGUGCCACGCUGGAUGAGUACACCACCAGAGUGGGGCAGCAAGCCAUUGUCCUGUGCAUCUCACCCUCCAAACCCAACCCUGUCUUCAAAGUCUUUGGAGCUGCACCCUUGGAGAACGUGGUACGCAAGUACAAGAGCAUGAUUCUGGAAGACCUGGAGUCGGCGCUGGCAGAGCACGCUCCUGCACCUCAGGAGGUUAAUUCAGAGUUACCGCCCCUCACCAUCGAUGGCAUUCCUGUCUCAGUGGACAAGAUGACCCAGGCACAGCUGCGAGCGUUCAUCCCGGAGAUGCUGAAGUAUUCCACAGGUCGUGGGAAACCAGGCUGGGGCAAGGAGAGCUGCAAGCCCAUCUGGUGGCCCGAGGACAUUCCCUGGGCCAACGUCCGCAGCGAUGUGCGCACGGAGGAGCAGAAGCAGCGGGUGUCAUGGACCCAAGCGCUGAGGACUAUUGUGAAGAACUGCUACAAGCAGCAUGGGCGCGAGGACCUGCUCUAUGCAUUUGAGGAUCAGCAGACACAGCAACAGACCACAACCACGCACAGUAUAGCACACCUUGUGCCCUCACAGACAGUGGUACAAACCUUCAGUAACCCUGAUGGCACCGUGUCCCUCAUCCAGGUUGGUACCGGUGCCACGGUUGCCACGCUGGCUGAUGCCUCCGAGCUGCCUACCACAGUUACUGUCGCACAAGUCAAUUAUUCUGCAGUGGCUGAUGGAGAGGUGGAGCAGAACUGGGCAACGCUACAGGGGGGUGAGAUGACCAUCCAGACGACGCAGGCAUCGGAGGCCACGCAGGCGGUAGCGUCGUUAGCAGAAGCAGCAGUGGCAGCAUCUCAGGAGAUGCAGCAAGGAGCAACUGUUACCAUGGCACUCAACAGUGAAGCAGCUGCCCACGCCGUAGCCACGCUGGCUGAAGCCACUCUUCAGGGUGGAGGACAGAUCGUCCUAUCUGGUGAAACAGCAGCAGCAGUGGGAGCGCUCACUGGAGUCCAAGAUGCCAAUGGCAUCCUAGCAGGAGACUAUUCAGGCUGCAGGUGGAGCAUAGCAGAGAGUUUAUCAGCAAAGCCAGCUGAUCAAGGAAGCUUAGAAGGGUUAUUCAUUAAGCUUUCGUCUGUGGAGCACGGUAAAACAGGCUUCCCCUACACAGGUAGAUGCACUGCAUGCUCAGCCUCCUUCUCACAGCUUUCUCACCUCUCCUCCCCGCCAGGUUGCCUUGGGUUUAGCAUGGCUCGCUCUGGGGACCCAGGACUGGUGUGUGUAGGAACAGCUUUAUUCUUCCCAGGUCCUGCUAUUGAGCUCAAAAAUCACCACCAAGGGGAGAGGGAGAGGCAGAGUCACCUUACGUAGGGCACGAGGGCUGAAGGCACGAGGUUAUUCUGCCAGGACACCAGGCCGCUGCUUUGCCUUCUUUCCCAACGCCCUUCCCCCCUCCCAUUUAUUUUAUUUUAUUUUAUUUUAAUUAAAAAAAAAAAAAGUGAAAUAGGAGUUUUCCACUCCAUCAACAUACAGAUGGAAUGGGAGACACAACAUUUUGGAUGGAAGACCCAACGUUUCAGGGGAGCAAAAUGGGAGUUUUCCACUCCGUCAAUGUAAAGAUGGAAUGAAGGACGCAGCAUUUCAG